AUGGGACUUGGCAUCUCGGUGUGCCCUGCACAGUGCUCCUUUUACAUCAUUCUGGUGCUGUUGGGAAUUGUGGGUAAUGUCAUGGUGACCUGGGUUAUCGGGAAGAGUGUAAUCAUGGACCGUGGUGUGGGGCACAACUCGGACAUCAUCAUAUUGAACCUGGCCCUGUCCAACCUGAUGGUGUCGGUGAUGAGGAACGUGCUGCUCAUCAUCUCAGAUCUGGGGAUCGAUCUCUAUUCAACCCAAAAGUGGUGCCAGUUCCUGAUGGGGAUCUGGGUGUGGCUGCGAGCGGUCAACGUGUGGUCCACGCUGUUCCUCAGUGCUUUCCAUCUCCACACUCUGAAGCGAGUGGCUCCCAGUGGAAGAAACCUGCAGGGGCUGUGGGGCUCUCAAAUGACCCUGCUGCUCAGUCUGAGCUUCAUGUGGAUCAUCAACCUCCUUUACUCCAUUCCUGCUUACAUCUUUUCCACAAAUGGCAACGAAAACACUACAGAGAGCCUGAUGCUGACCAGCAGCACGACGCGCCCCCUGCUGGGCUGUGUGUGGAAGUUUCCCUCCAACUACUCCGGCCUGACCUACGCCACCACAUCUAUGGCCAUACAUGAAAUACUUCCCAUCAUCUUGAUGAUGGUCACCAACGUGACCUCCCUCUACACGCUCUACACCCACGGUAAGAUGAGGAGCUCCGUGCAGGACGCUGCUGUCGUGAAGCGGAUCCCAGCAGAGAGAAGAGCAGCCAAGGUGAUUCUAGCUCUUGUCAUGAUCUUCGUUGUGUCUUGGGGAACCAGCAUCAUCUCUGUCAACUAUUUCAACUACAACAGAGGCUCCUCAGCAGACUUCCUCCUGGUCAUCUCUCGCUUUGCCAACACCUUCUUCAUUGCCUGGUCACCUGUUGUUCUGGCAUUCGGACACAGGGGUCUGCGUACCUGCAUCAAAUCAACACUCACCUACUGA